GAACUUCUUUGGUUUAUAAGAGGCAGUACUGACGGCAAAGAGUUAUCCAAAGUCGGUGUCAAUAUAUGGGACGCAAACGGGAGCCGAUCUUUCCUCGACUCUCUUGGAUUCACUGACAGAGAAGAGGGAGAUUUGGGACCCGUUUAUGGCUUUCAAUGGCGACACUUUGGCGCUAAAUAUGACACCAAAGACGCUGAUUAUACCAAUAAAGGCGUGGAUCAGCUAAAAGAAGUGAUUAAUACUAUUAAGACAAAUCCCGAUGACAGGCGAAUGAUUAUCUGCUCGUGGAAUCCGAUCGACAUACCAUCGAUGGCAUUACCUCCGUGUCAUUGUUUGGUUCAGUUCUAUGUGUCCAAUGGGGAGCUCUCGUGUCAACUCUACCAACGGUCUGGUGAUGUGGGACUGGGAGUUCCGUUCAAUAUCGCCAGUUAUUCCCUACUGACACAUAUGAUGGCACACAUCACUGGUCUCCAGUGCGGCGAUUUCAUCCACACCAUCGGUGACGCACACAUCUAUACGGAUCACUUGGAACCGCUCAAAGAACAAUUGAGCCGAACUCCGCGUCCGUUCCCUAAAUUGGUUAUCAAACGCAAAGUCGAUAAUAUCGACGACUUUACGAGCGAUGACUUCGAGCUAAUCGAUUACAAACCGUAUCCGAAGAUAUCAAUGAAAAUGUCUGUUUAGACGCAAACACUGCGA